AUGCGUCCUCCCCAAAUCUCCCAAAGUCAUGUCCAUCAUCACAACCCCAACCGUCCCACCCACAGUGUGCCUUACCUUCAUACUUCUUACCUUUGGAAACCACCACCUCACGGACACAUAAAGAUAAAUUUGGAUGCAAAUUGGGCAAUUGAUACUCACCUCGUUGGGUUGGGCGUAAUUGCAAGAGAUUGCCGGAGUAAGAUGAUUGAUGGUGUUCAUUCGAUUGGUCAAGCUUUUUCGGCACACGAAGCAGAAGCCCGUGCAGCCAUCCUGGCUUGCAAUCUUGCCGAAAAGCUCUCCCCUGUUCCAAUCAUCAUCGAAUCAGACUCAAAGUGUUUGAUCGAUGCCAUCAACUCUCCCUCAACUUGCAAAAUCUGGAGCAUCUACCCUGCAGUUGCAAAGAUCAAGAACUCUCCCUCCUUUUGGCAGCGUAUUGCUUGGUCAUGGGUCUCAAGAAAAGCGAAUUCGGCGGCAGAUCACCUCGCCUCGCUUGCGGUGCGGAGAAUGUGCCCGGACGUCUGGAUUGAUCGUCCGCCAUCCUCCCUUGUUGGUAUUCUAUCAAGAGAUGGAUUGCCCUGCCCUCCAUCUUCAUGA